AUGUCUCGUUUAAGCGAACAAGACAGGCAAAGAUUCAAUCUACAUAAAGCCAAAAUUCAUUACUUCCAACGAGAAGAUUACGUGUUGAUUAAGAAUAACCCUCGCAAUCAAACAUCUCUCGACCUUAAAUUCAGUGAACCAUAUGAAGUUUGCAGGAUACUAGAAAAUGAUCACUACUUGGUGAAGAAAGUGAUCGGCAGUGGACGACCUCACAAGGUUUCCAACAAACCACGAACUACAGGGUGA